UCCAGCCGCGCUUAAAUACCGUCAUGCGGCCACCAGCGGCCUUUUCCCCUGCCGCCGCCGAGUUGCGCGGAGGCGGAGCCACGGGUGCGUUCAAGAUUCGGCCUCACCCGUAACCCACCGCCAUGGCCGAGGAAGGCAUUGCUGCUGGAGGUGUAAUGGACGUCAACACUGCUCUUCAAGAGGUGCUGAAGACCGCCCUCAUCCACGAUGGCCUCGCACGUGGCAUCCGCGAAGCUGCCAAAGCCUUAGACAAGCGCCAAGCCCAUCUCUGUGUGCUUGCAUCCAACUGUGAUGAGCCUAUGUAUGUCAAGUUGGUGGAGGCCCUUUGUGCUGAGCACCAAAUCAACCUAAUUAAGGUUGAUGACAACAAGAAACUCGGGGAGUGGGUAGGCCUCUGUAAGAUUGAUCGCGAGGGAAAGCCACGGAAAGUAGUUGGCUGCAGUUGUGUAGUGGUUAAGGACUAUGGCAAAGAAUCUCAGGCCAAGGAUGUCAUCGAAGAGUACUUCAAGUGCAAGAAAUGAAUAAAUAAAAAUUUUGGCUCAUUUUUUUCUCCUUGUUUUUUUAU